UGACAUGUGCUUGAUUUUAUAAGUUCAGUGUGAGUUCAGUCUGGAUCAGAGUCGCCUUUCGAUUUUGGUUGUACAAAUACGGUACACUUCACUGCCAUUCAAAUAUAACGCGAGAUUAAUUAAACAUGACAGAUUUUGGUGAUACAAACUUUGCUGAUAAGGCCGGCGAUAAAGAAUUGCAAGAUUUCUUGAUGAUGGAAAAACAGAAGGCCCAGUUUAACGCACAAAUUCACGAAUUCAACGAUGUGUGCUGGGAUAAAUGCAUUGAUAAACCAAGCAACAAACUGGACAGUAGAACAGAAACAUGCCUCACAAACUGUGUUGAUAGAUUUAUUGAUGUGUCUUUGUUAAUCACAAACCGUUUUGCGCAAUUAUUGCAAAAAAGUGCAUAAACUGUAUCUCACUAAGUGAACAAUUUAGCAUAAUGUAGAAGUUAUCAAAAUGUGACCGUGUAUAGAUAACUUGUGUGAAUAUUAUGGAAGCAAUUUUAUUAUGUGCUAAUUCCAGCAUUAAGUUUUUUUUGUUAAAAUUUUCAAUAAAUUGAUGUUUGUUGAA